UACUUGGAAUGCCUGAGAAUUCGGGAAGAUCCCUGCCUUGCACGAAGUAUUAAAACUAAACACUUUGUUCUUGUGGCGCUUGAUUGGGUCAAUCUUUUGGUUUUCUAAACGUCAUUCAUGGCUUCCAAACCAGUUUUCACGAUCCUCUGUGCUUUUGGAAUGGUCGUUGGGUUUCUGACCUUCAUUUUCGGCCUGAUAGAUAGGAUUGGAAUUCAGAUGCAAAUAAGUUUUCUGAUGUUGCCCAUCUGGAAUGGAGUGCUGUUUGGAUGUGCUGGAUUUGCUGGUCUGAUCAUUGGCAGGCAAAAUAGAACACAAGGCUAUAUAGGCUCUGGAAUGACUUCAGGACUGAAAGCCAUCAACAUGCUCUGCUUUGGCCUAUCUCUUUUAACCUUUUACAUGUAUGGCAGUAUUGUAAUGUACAUUGGUUUUCGUAUUGAAUACAAUGAUGAGCUUUUUUAUAAUUACCCAACUUCAGCAACACUACUCCCAAAGCUCCUGAGUACUAAUGAUGGAACUCCAGUUGAUGAUACAAGGCAGGGUAUAUUUGCCAUGAUUAUUCUCUUUUCAUUGGUUGAAAUGUUCAUUGGGGCUUGGAUAAUCAUGUUGGAAAAAGAAAAGAUGGUAUUGGGCUCUUCAUCAAGCUCAGAUCAAGUGCCAUUGGUAACAAAUGAACCUUACCAAUAUAUUCAGCAACCUCAGUAUGGCCAACCAAAUGCUGGAAUGGUUGUGUCUUCUCCCCAAGUACGACAACAGCAGCAGCCUGUUUAUAUGGUUGCACCUGGAGGUAAUGCACCAUUACCAGCAAGAGCCGUUGUGGCACCCAUCAGCCAGCAGCAGCACCASCAGCAGCAGCAGCAGCCAACUUUUGUUGUACUUCAACCAUCAGCUGUCAUGGCAACCAAUCAGCCACAAGUAGUACAGCAGCCUCAACCGCAAUAUGUGGUGAUGCAAAAUCAAGUUCCAAAUGCUCCCCAGGCACAGAUUGUAGCUCAAGAGCAUUUUUUAGAACCCUCAUGUUUGUCUAUUCAUCAGGAUCCUACUGAUAUUCAAUAUCUACCGCAGCAAGAUCAACCUGAUGUGAGAAGGGACACGCCAUCGCCACAGGCCGGUGAAGUACAAUCCGCUAGUUGCCCCUCAGUCAACCGCUUGUUUGCCCUCCAGUCAACUCCAAAAAGUCACGUAAUGGAUAGUUCGCAUGAUGGAAUCCAGCGGAGUGGUGUAAGAGAGUGAUCUACGAAGCUACCAGAAAACAUCCGCACUAAAUAUAGAACACGUAUCUAAAUAUAGGCAUGCGAGGACAGUGUGACGUCACGCUUAGUUGUGCAGCAUUUGGUUGCGUCACACUUAGACGUGAACCAGAAAUAACCAAGUAGAUGAUUUAGAAAAUGUUAAGCUUUUYGCUUAAUUAUAGAAAGUAUUAUGGAAUUGAAUUAACUAAUUCAGUGUCAAAUGAGGUCUUGAAAUAACUCCCCUUCUCACUGACUGACUUACAGACAGACAGACAGACAGGCAGACAGAUACACUCACUCCGCCAUCCUUCCCCCCACUCCCGGCAUGCACAGCUCGACUUCUCUUUACUCUUCAACUUGAAAGGAGUAAGCAACUGCUGUUGUUUUCUGACAUGAUUGAAAACGUUGUUUCCCGUUCUUGAAUCUGCCAAGAGCCAACUUUUGAUGUCGACAUAAACAGUCGUGUUUAAGGGUGAAUGUUUUUCGUCAAAAUUUAACAAAAAAGCUAGAUGCGCUUUGUACCUGCAAAAAGAAAUCAACGCUCAGGUAGUGUAGCUAUCUCAUCCAAUCGGAAAGCAGCAUUGAUCAAAGACCGCUAGCCAGUUGGAUCUGACUAGAUGAAUAUACAGUAUAUAAACUCAACUUCAAUUUUGAUCGAAACCAUUGUUACCCGCUGGAAUACUAGGAAGCCUUCCUUACUACAAUGCGUCUGACGAACAGUUAUUCCACGCUACCAGUCUAUGUGUGCAACACAUAGUAAGUAAACUCUAAAGUGCCCCUCACCCCUAACUCGAUAUUUUCAGUAUUGAUAUCGAUAUUUUCAGCUUAUUAAAUAAUUGUGAAAAAUCA